UCUUUUCUAUUUCAAUGUUAGGAUCCUCUCUGGCCUCGUUGUUAUAAAAAGCUGUUGAUCUUCCAACUGUCAGUCAUUUGCUGUAACUUGUUCAGGAGAAAGAUUCAGGAUCUUCAUCAUGAACUGGUUACGUUUUUGCAUCUAUGUGUUAACAUUUCUGGCACUGGAAAUUCAGUCCAUUGCUCUUCCUGAAGAACCUACUGCUGAAACUAGAAUUUACGCUGCUCAGCUUCCUCAUCCCCCUCAAGAUGAUGCUCUUGAAGAGAGCCAAAGUUACAGUGUGAAAUCAUACCAAUACAAUAAAAAUGUUAACUCUGAGUUGACGCAAAAUGGCAGAAAUGUUCCUUCUUCAUCCUCCCAAUCGUAUCAUUCCUUAGAUAAUCGUCAUCAAGUUCGACCUGAGGCAAGGUACGAAAAUGACUCCAGAUCUCGUAAAACUUCUGUUUUCGAAGACCAACUGGCUCAUUCCUCUCGAAGUCAGCCUACCAUUCCUCAGGAAGGUGUUACUUUUCAGAAUUCGGAGAAAAAUCGUCAAAUAUCCCAUGUUAAUGAACCUCAGGACAGUGCCCUAAAAAACCGAUAUUACACGCAUAAUAAUCAGAAUGAUGCAGUUCAGUAUCUUUCCCAAGAAAAUGAAGCUAAAACCCGAAAUCAUCAGUCUCAUCAACAAGAAGAAAUUGCUGAAGUCCAUAGUCAGUCUUACUCUACUGCAGGUUUAACAGAUUCGAAUGCAAAAGCUGCUAAGAAAAUACCUUUAGUGUUGAUCACCAUUCAAAAGAACAAAAAUAUUUUACCUAGCAGUAAAUCAAAAACGAAUGACAAUCAAGAAUAUAAGCCAAGCAACUCUUACAGCAUUCCAAAACUAAAUUAUAGUAGUCCUUUUAGCUCUACUUACAGUGAUGUUUUAGAUUCCACAUCUAAUCAACAAACUUCCUUUUCGAAAGACAAGGAGCAAAAUUAUGGACAACCUUUGACCUCAACUGAUAAUCAAGAGACGCAGUAUAAUAUGAAUACGAAUCAGAAAGAAUAUGCUUCUAUCUUCCAGAAUUCUCGAUUAACGGGAAGAAAUUCAGGAAAUACUGAAUGGAGACCUGUCGAUAAGUAUGGAUUCAAAUUAGAUAACGGGAAUAUUAACUUAAAUACCCAAUCACAAGACGUCUACAGAAGUAUUGAACAAAAUUCUGGUACGAAAAGUAAUUCAUUUUAUUUACCAGAACUGAGAGCCCAACAGGAUCGUCAGCAGUCCAUAAAUCAAUAUUCACCAUCUAAUCGAGAGAAUAAACCAACAGACCUCAGGCAAUAUGUUUCUAGUCAAAGUAGCAGACACACAGGUGGAAAUCUAGUAAAUGAAGGUUUAAGGAAUCCGUCUUCGUCCUAUACUACAGUGAUUUCCGAUGAAAAUAAUGCUGAAAUUCGAAAACGACCUGAUUCCUUUUUUAGAGGGAAUAUUAAUUUCAAUGAAGAUAAUUCUGGCUUAUAUCCAAGUGUAAGAAAUCAAAAUUAUCAGCAAAAUUUAACAACUACUGGCCGUCGUUCACAGCCUAAUACUGCUGCUAACAUUAGAUAUGAGGAAGUAUCUCCAAAUGCAGCACAAUUAUCAAAUGAAGCAUUCAGUUAUACUUCCAGUUCGAUCCAGUCUCUUAACGGAGAGGCCCACGUUAACAGCCGUCAAAGUACUCAUAUUCCCCAAACUUACAAUUAUGAAUCUCCAAAACAUGCUAUCCAAAAGAAUUUUGAGGAAAAUAGAGCAAAUUUUGAUGGUUCAGGAGUUUUAAAUACCGAUAAUCAGAAUUUCAGAAAGUUGUCAGGAACACAUGAAAUCGUAACAAACAGACACCCUCAGAAUUCAAAAUACCAGACUGUUAAAGAAGCUACUGUUGCAGAUGUAAAUCACCCGAUUAACCAAAAUUAUCCACGAACUGAGGAAAAGAGACAGAUUAAUAAUAAUGGAAAGUCAACAGUAUCUAAUUACUCGCCUUUGCAACAUCAAAACUUUAAUCAAGAUGCAUCUACCUUCCAUUCCCAAGACAAACUGUACUCAUCGUUUUCGUCUUCUGUUCAGCAAAGCAAGCCAACUGGUUAUAAGCAUGAACAGUCAAUUACUUACAGCUUAUCUGAUGGCCCUGUAAAUACCAAACUGCAACAAACAGAUGUAUAUGUCACUAACGGCAAUAAACAACAUCCUGAAAUACAUUAUACAUCUGCGGAACCAUCUUUAAGCUCAAAUAAAAACUUUAGAGAAACCCCUAGAAAUACACAAGCAUACGUUUCGAGUAAAAAUGUUUAUGAAGAUCAGAAAAGAGACAAUGAAGAUUUUCAGGCUAACGUAAAUCCACGAGGCGGUCACACUGACUUAAGAUUCCAAAUUGCUGACCAAAAGAAGCAAGUGUUCUCCCAAAGCCGAGAGCAAGUUACGUUUCCCCGCAAUAAUCCAGUAUGGGAUGAUCAAGAAAGAAUUCAGUUGGAAAGUAAUCAUAAGAACAUAGGUAAUGAGCCUCAGUAUCGUACAUAUCAUGCACAGGAGAAAACUGAUGAGCAACUUUCUUACACAAGACCUACUCUUUCUUCAAAUCAAAACGUCAAUUUGAAUCAAAAUAACCAAAAGCAAGAAUUUUCCACUGACAAAGUUCUCAUUUACGAUGAGAAACCUACUAGCUCUCAGAAUCCAGUGCACAGUGCCCAAAUACAUCAGUCUAGAAAUUUCUUAGGGCACCGAGAAUUUGACGGCAAUAAACAAUAUUCCUCAGAAGGAAAACGAGAAAACUUUGUUUCUUACGACAGAUCUUCGGCAAUAUCUUCAGGCCAAAAACCUGUGAAUCAGUACAAUAACGAAAAUUCCGGUACUACAAGAAAUUAUAACCUCAAUCAAAAUCAAAACUCAAACCUCAACUACAGAUCACAGUCACAGCAAUCUUUUAACGAAAAUUAUAAACCUGCUAUUGAUCUACCAACCCAUAUUUCUGAUGAGUCUUCCCAUAAAUCUUCCAGUUCAAACUUUGAUAUCCCAUUUGAAAAUACUCAAAAUGUUAAUUAUAGAUUAUCAGGAACACGAAACGGCUUUAUUAGUACAAAUCAGGAGGAAAGGUUUGAAGAAAGUACUGCCAGGCAAAAUUUGCAGUCCCAAAAUCAAGCCUCUAACUACAAAUCAAGUUACAGUCCUCAGACACAACCACAGCAAGAAAAUGCUUAUAAAAGUUCUUCAACAACUAACACUGUCAAAAAUACCUUAAAUGCUUCUAGUUCUAGUAAUAGAAGGAAACAAGAAAAGAAUUCCGGCAAUUCUUAUGGUUAUGGACCAUCUCGUAAUACAGAUUCAUCUUUAACUUCAGAUAACUCUGACAGUUCAGACAAAAGAGUAGCUGUGAAAGAAGUUAGUAGAGAUGAAAUUCAAAAGAAGUCUUCUGCGCCAGAAGCUUUGCUUUUGGUUCUGGUGUCAGCUAAAAGGUCAGCCUUGGAAGAUCUUUCCAGCGAACCAGAUGGAACAGAUUUAAAUGAAGGAUACGAAUCUUCACCUGAAGAGCUCGUUGAUUUUCUUAGCGAAGGCUCAAAUGCCAAAAUGAUUUUGGAUUCUUUUCACGAAGCCACCAAUGGUGCGUACAGACAGUUGGAGGAUGAGAAUGUAAAAACACAUGAUAUAGAAAGUGAUGAAAGUGAUGUAGAUAAGCAUUAAGGUUAAUUAAAAUUUAAUGCUAACCUUGUAUUAAUUAUGCAUUAAAGUCGAUUAAAAUUAAAUGCUAACUUUGCAUUAAUUAUGCACUAGGGUUUUGUCCAGGCAUUUUCAGUCCAUUAAUUAUCUUAUUCAUUAAUUAAUUAUAUUAUCCCAUUAUUAUCUAAACGAACUGUUUGAUUUUUUUAACAAAUUUGGGAUAUCUGUAAAUACUUUCAACAGUUUUCUUUUUUCCCUCUUCUUUUUUUUCCCCUCUUUUUUUUUUUUUUUUAAAUCAACAAUCUUUUUCGAAUCUAGAUAGCCUUCUAUUGAGCCUUCCAAGCCAUUUCUCUUCUAAAGCGCUUUCAUUCUGAAAUUUGAAUGCAUUUUAAUAAAUAAGUAUGCUACAGAAAGUACCGCAGCUAUUUUUGCGCAAUUUAAGACAUAAAAUUUUAAUUAUUUUAAAUGAAUAUUUAGAAUUUGAAAAGGAAUAUUAAAAUUAAUUAUUACGGUUAAUAAAAUGUAACCUUACAGGCGAUAUAGGUUCGUGUUUAUUUAGACUUUUGUAUCUUUGAGUAUUCGGAUAAAAAGGAUUCUUCACCUCUCUCAUUGCAUAUAAUUUUUGGACACUUCUGCGUAAAUGUAGUUUUUCAUUAUUUUCCUUGCUUUGAAGUCAUUGCUUGAAUACUGUUGUGAAAAUAUAAUUCCUCAGGACCUUUCUGCUGUGUGCUUUUUGGUUUUGUGCAAGCUUGAAUAUAUACGAGGACUUGCAUUUAAUUUUCCAGAUAUCUAGAAUAAAAACAAUUCAUUUUAAGACUUCUGCUUUGAAUUUAAUUUUUAAAUACUCAUAAAUAAAUACUAUUUCUCGAGACUUUAGAAGUUCUUGUUAUGAACUUUUGUUUUUUAGACACUCUUUAAUAAAUGUAAUUCUCUGGACUUUUAAUUUUUUGAUAUGCACUUUCAAAACCUGGAAUGUUUUAAAAAAGAAAAAAAAAAAUUGUUUCAUAGAGGUUUUUUUUCCUGCACACUUUCGUGUAUUUUUUCGAUAACUGCAAUUCUUUGAGUCCGUUCUUGAUAUAUGCCUAAUAUUCGAGCAAUAAGGCAAUACCUUAGCAAAUUCCUUAGGGCUUUUCUUUCCUGGACUUUAACUCCUGGACGCUGUCAAAAAAUUCACUUUUCUCCCUAUGUGCUCAGCGUUACUUUUCACUUCAUAGUAUUAACUAUAUCUGUAUUAUAUUGUACAUAUAAGUAAAAACAAAGUUUGUAUUUCUAACUGAUGUAUUUCUUUCUGUUGUAAAAUAUUAUUUUCUGUUAUGUGUGUUUCUGUGUCUCUACUUAUGCAUAUCGUACGUCAUUUACGAAUGUUGUUUCUUAUCCCAUAUUUGCUCUGGGAAAAGGCAUGUAAAAAAUGUAAAAGACAUGUUGAAGAGUUUUGUACAUAUUGACAUUUUUUUGUAAAAUGCAUAACUUUCGAUAAUAUGCUAUGUAAUUAUAUUUUUAAGAAAUGUCAUAGUAUUUCUUAUUGUACAUAGUAAUUUUGCUUUCGUUAUUUUCGUUAAUAAAUGUAUUUUUGAAUUA